AUGUCCCAGCCCACGAGCACAGGUGUACAGGCACAUCGCGGAGCAGAAAAGCUUGAGCAGGACACGAAAGGCGAGUCGGGUCUCCCGCAGCCUGCCGUUCACUCGCAGCGGCCCAACAAGCGCGUGUUGCACCCGUCGAUCAUCAUUGCCAUUUGGAUCGCGUUUAGCAGUGGCGUCAUUGUGUACAACAAGUAUCUUCUUGUGAAUCUCCACUUUCCGUACCCUGUAUUCCUUACGACGUUCCACAUGGCUUUCGCUGCUGUGGGCACGCGCUUGCUCGCCCGGUAUACGAACUUGCUGGAUGGACUAGCUAAUGUGGACAUGACUAUGGAGCGCUGGUACCGAAACAUUUUGCCGAUUGGUGUGCUGUUUUCGGCUAGUCUGAUUCUGAGUAACAUGGCAUACCUGCAUCUGAGUGUGCCGUUUAUCCAGAUGCUGAAGGCGUUCACGCCCGUGGCCGUGCUGAUCAUCUCGUUCUCAUUUGGUCUGAAGCAGUUGUCCACUACACUUACGGCGAUUGUCGUCAUGAUCUCGUUCGGUGUGGCCACUGCGUCGUACGGUGAGCUGGAAUUCAACAUGACCGGCUUUAUCUUCCAGGUGCUUGCUAUUGCUUUCGAGAGCACGCGUCUCGUCAUGGUUCAGGUGCUUCUCCAGGGUCUUAAGAUGGACCCACUCGUGAGUCUUUACUACUUCUCGCCUGUGUGUGGUGCGCUUAAUAUGAUGGUCUUGCCGCUCCUCGAGGGCCUCCAGCCAUUCCGUGCACUUGCUCAGCUUGGUCCCCUUGUGCUCUUGUCGAAUGCAGGCGUCGCCUUUGGUUUGAAUGUGGCUUCUGUGUUUUUGAUCGGUGCCGCUUCGUCGCUUACGCUCACGCUCGCCGGUGUGCUCAAAGAUAUUCUGCUCAUUAUCGGCUCCAUGUGGAUCUUGGGCAGCACUGUCACAGGCCUCCAGUUUGUUGGCUAUGGUAUCGCUCUCGCUGGUCUGGUCCUGUUCAAGACCCACAAGGGAUAA